AUGGAGAAUCUCGCCGCCGCACUCGCCGCCGCCAAUUUAAACAUCCCGGUCUCCACCGCGAUCUCGAUGCAGCCUCUCUCCACCUCCUACCCCCCCUCCGCCGGCGAUUUCUCCGCCGCCGCGAAGCCGGGAAUGACUCAGAUCGCGAAAUUCCUGCAGUCGAAGAAGUACCCUCUGCUUGUGAAUGUGUACCCUUACUUCGCAAGUGCGGGGGACCCGGCCAACGUGGAUCUCGACUACGCGCUUUUCCGGCCGGGAAAGACCGUUGUUCGAGACGGCGCGAGGACUUACCUCAACCUGUUCGAUUCAAUGACGGAUGCGGCGUAUGCGGCGUUGGAGAAGGUCGGGGCCGGGGACGUGGAGAUCGUCGUGUCAGAGACUGGGUGGCCGAGUGACGGAGGGAAGGACGCGGGAGUGGCAAAUGCUCAAACGUACGUGAAUAAUUUGAUUGCCUACGUGGCGUCUGGUAAAGGGACGCCACGUAGGCCAGGGAAGCAGGUGGAGGCCUACAUAUUCGCGCUGUUUAACGAGAAUAUGAAGCCGGCUGGGGUAGAGCAACAUUGGGGUUUGUUUUACCCCAAUCUUACUCCGGUUUAUCCUAUCAAUAAGAUUGGUUAA